GACCUUUCGCUUACGAAGCGAACGCACUACCACUAUGCUACGGAGGCUCACUCUGUGGCAGUUUUCCAUUCACAAAAUCCUAGUUCUGUUUUUCUGUUGACGAGGAAGUCGAGUGUCAAAAACCAUUGAACCCUAAACUGCACAGGAGCAGGAGCGAGAGAGAGAGAGAGAGAUGUGCGGAAUAGCUUUGAUUGUCUCCGGUGUUCGCAUCGAUUUAUCAUCCUUGUUUCUGAGUUCCAUUACUUCUUCGGCUCAAUCUGAACAAUCACUGUUUUCUGUGGAUGAUAUCAAAGAAGCUUUAAAGAGUAGGGGUCCUGAUAGUUUGGGAAGCAAGAAGGUUUUUCUUCAUUCGAAGAUUCCAUCUUCUGUCGGGGGACGGGAUUUGUUAUCCUGUGCAGGGGGAGAAGAGGCAACAAAGAAUGAUUUUCUUUGCAGUACAAAUGCAUGCCAAUGCAUCACUUCUGAAAGCGAAGAACUUUGUUGGAAAGACGACGGUUUUAAUAAACGUGAAUGUGUCGCCGAGUUGUACUUCAUUGGCGCCAUGUUGCAACUUAGGGGUGUAAAACCUAUCGUUCAGCCGCUGGUGGAUGCAUCCGGGAAUAUCCUUGUUUAUAAUGGUGAAAUAUUUGGAGGAAUUGAUGUUAGCAUCGAUAGCAAUGAUGCUGAAGUUCUUAUGGAAUCUCUUGGAAAAUGUUGUUCCUGCAGUUCUCAUGAGCAUAUAAGAGCAUGUCAUGAGAUCGGGAAGGAGAAAACUUCAGUUCCUGAUAUUCUUUCAGCAAUUAAGGGGCCAUGGGCUUUAAUUUAUUUGCAGGCUAGUUCAAGAACCACGUGGUUUGGUCGAGAUGCUUUUGGUAGGCGGAGCCUUCUUGUUCAUUGGCCAACUUCCAAGGAUUCUCGCCUUCUGCUAACUUCUGUAUCACCACCGAGUUCCAUUGGUAAGAGUUCUGAUCUUGGAGAAGAAUGUGGACAGGGUGGAAGUAAUUUUUGGGAAGAGCUUCCGUGUGGGAUAUACAGCGUGUCAGUAGAUGAUUCAAAAUUGGACGGAGAUAUGGUUGGUGAAGUUGAAAGGCAUGAAUGGACUGAUCCCAUGCUAUAUGAACUGAUCAACUGGGAGAGAACGUCUGUUCAACCCAAACCUGAGGAGUUAAAUAUUUCCCGUAUGAAGUUUCGUAGCCGUCAACAUGAUAUGCACUCGGUGAAUUCAACUACCAUACCCCAUGAAUUAGGGCUGAUAGAAGCACCAGUUCUAUUGCCUUCAGAGGCAGUUUUAAUUACUUUGAGAGAAGCUGUGAAGCGGCGCAGUACAAUCAAUACCAUGUUCGAGGGACAUGCUCCUGUGGCUGUACUUUUUUCUGGUGGACUGGAUUCAAUGAUACUUGCCGCAUUACUGGAUAAUUGCCUAGACCCCAAGUAUGAAAUUGAUCUGCUUAACGUAAGCUUUGACAAGGAGCUUGCUCCUGACAGAAUAUCUUCUCGGGGUGGUUUGAAAGAGCUACAAAGAUUCUCACCAUUGAGAAGAUGGAAACUUGUAGAGAUUGAUGCCGACCUAUCAAAUUUGACCUUAGAGACAAGGCAUGUCAUGUCACUUCUAAAUCCUGCAAGGACGUAUAUGGACCUCAAUAUCGGGUUAGCAUUAUGGUUGGCAUCUUCGGGCAGUGGUUGGGUUUAUGAAGAAAGUAUUGGCAAUGUUAAUAGUAAUUAUGAUAGUGAGAACUGUCAGAGCAUAAAGUACAAGUCUGAGGCCAGGAUCCUCCUAGUUGGUUCUGGUGCGGAUGAGCAAUGUGCUGGCUAUGGGCGGCAUAGAACAAAAUACAGAAAUGGAAGUUGGAUUGGCCUGCAUGAGGAAAUGAAAUUGGACAUGCAGAGAAUUUGGAAGAGAAACCUAGGGAGAGAUGAUAGAUGCAUUGCCGAUAAUGGCAAGGAGGCUAGAUUUCCUUUCUUGGAUGAGGAUGUUAUAAGGACUCUGCUCGGAUUUCCUUUGUGGGAGAUUGCUGACCUUGAUCAACCAAGUGGAAAGGGAGAUAAAAAGAUACUAAGAGAGGUUGCCCAAUUACUUGGUCUGCAUGAAGCAGCUGUUCUACCUAAAAGAGCAAUCCAGUUUGGCUCGAGAAUCGCAAGGGAAUCAAACCGAAAGAAUUUUGGCAGUAACCGGGCAGCAAACCUAGCAUCUGCAGGAAGUGCAGAAAUUUCAAGGCCGUAAAAGGAUGACGAUACUUUUUUGGAGCAUGUUUGCAACAAAUUGCCCCAAAUGCGUUUCGAAAAGUUUACCAGUAAAAUCCUGGUAGUAUCUGAAGGCGGAUUUAUGCACGAUGGGGUCGUGGAAGAUUGAAGCCGGUAUUAAGCAGCAUUUGUACCUCUUUAUUAAAGGCAUCCAUUUUGACAGAUUUUUUAUUUUCACACCCAUUGCAGCCUAAAGACUUUGGCAUUGCUGGUGUACCAUCUUAUUCAUAACAAAAAUACUAUUGGGAAGUUAAAACGAAUUGUAUCUUAGAUUCUCAUACGACAUGGGUCUAGUAUUGUUGCUCUGAUGCUACUCUCUAGGGCUAAUUGUCCAUUUUUGUAGCGUAAUCCAUUGAGUGACAAAUGUUGUUAAUGAUGAUUGUGAUUGUCUUUUUUAUA